AUGUCAACUGGAACUCCUGACCUCGACAACAUCCCUGGGUCCCCGGACGACCGAGAAUUCUUGUAUACAGUACUUAACUUGCCGACCACCGCGUCGGAGUAUGAAAUAAGAGAACGCUACCGCCAACUUUCUGUGUUGUUUCACCCAGACAAACAACAGGAGGAGCAAACGAAGGAGACAGCGACGAAGCGGUUUCUGGAGGUGCAAAAGGCAUAUCAAGUGCUCUCCGACCCCAUCAACCGCCGCGCAUAUGACUUGCUAGGUCCCAAAGGGUUGCAAACGGUCCAUAAUGCAGAUUUGAGUGAGGUGCCUCCCGCGAAGUUCGACGCUGCUUUGAUACAAAAGACUCGCGAACUUCUGCGAGAACGCGCUGAGGAAGUCGUCCGCUCGAAAGGCCGCAUAACUGCCACCAUAGAUGCACGAUCACUUUUCGAGGGCGAUGACGUUUAUGAUGACGACGAACAUUGGUCUUCGUAUCAUGGCAUAACUGACCGACUAAGCGGCAUCCGUCAAACGAGCUCCAGUAUUCGGCAUAGUGUCGAGACAGAUAUCAGCGAGAGGACAUCACUCGUGUUAACCGGCCGCGCUUCUUCUCGCGGUUCACUUGACGUAGACGACGCGUAUAACCCUCUCCGCACUGCCGUACUGGGUACUGUCAGGCAUCAGUUCUCCCCUCGUUUGAAUUUCGAGGCGACAGCAAACCUACUGCACGGCUCCGACCUGAAUUUCAAGACAAUCUAUCGAGAUGAAGAAAACACCGUUGUAUGCGAAAUGGGCUUUACCCGUGCCCUCUUCCAAGCAAUUUCAUCUUCGACAGCUCGUAUGCGGGCCCCUCCCCUAACUCUUGCUUUCUCCCGGCGACUCUUUCCCCAUUCGCCGCUCGAGGGCACAGUUUCAUUCUCCACCAGCUCCACAGUCCCUAUCCUCUCGGUCUCGCUCUUUUCAGGCCACGUAUUUGAUCACACUCCUGAGGCGUCCAUUCCACCCGCCCUUUUGGGAACAGACCCGACAUUCCGGCCACCUUCCAAAGACGGACUUUCCGUCGGUACCACAUUCUGGAAUGUGCAAGCAUCACUAGCAGGCUUGAUGUCCGGUCUUGGCGCGGAAUGGGGCGUCGUCCUCUCGGAGCUGGGACUACGACUGAAAAUCGUAUUCCAAUUCGGACUCGCCGGGCUGAAUUGGUCUUUCGGAGGGGAGUGGAGAAGGGGCGAUAAUUCACUGGGUUCUAGCGUUGCGCUUGGUCUGCGCGGUGUGAUACUUCGAUUGGACGCAGGAUUCCUUGGACAGCAGGUGUCACUUCCCAUCGUACUCUCAGACGAGCACAACAUGCGCUUGGCACUCUGUACCACGGUCAUGCCGUCGACUGCGCUGGUAUUUACGUAUUGGUUUGUUCUCAGACCCCGGAGACAGAGGGAGCGACUCGAGUUUUUCCGGCGAGCACGGCGCACGCUUCACGAAGAGAAAUCUGAUUUGCUGCGUGAGAGCAAAGAGACGGUUCACCUUUUAGAGGAUGCUGCCCGCCGCCACAUGCAGACAGAGGCCUCCUGCAACGGCCUCGUUAUACUGGAAGCUUCCUACGGCCCAUCAGAGCGCGACGAAGCGACCGCGGGCCUAGACGUAGACGUCACAGUGCCCCUCCAGGCCCUGGUGCACAGGAGCCAGUUGUACAUUCCUGGGAGGCGAAGCAAGGUCAGUCGCAUUCCUAUUCCGCGUUUCGCUAAGAUUGGGGACAGGCGCCCUUCUCUCAUCGCGCGGGAAGCCCGCAGCGUGUUCACGCCCGUGUCGCCUUCCCCGACGGCGGCUCGUCUUUCCGACAUGCGGGUCUCGCCCGCGUCGCCCUAUUCUCAUGACCUGACGGGUGGCCUUACGAGCUAUUUCAUCGCCUUCUCCAGACGCCUCGGUCGUUAUGCUGUCUUGCGGCAUGCACGAAAGGGCCCGCAUCGCGCCGGGCUGCAGGGAUUCUAUGAUCCUGCUCCUGGAGUCGCGAAGACGCUCCGGAUCCGCUACGCCUUCUGUGGGUACUCACAUUAUGCAGAGAUCCCGGACUGGAUGCCGGUUGUCCUGCCCCUAGAAGAUGCGGACAAGCGUCUGCGCGCUGCAUCUGGUGCGACGAGGAAUCUCGAUCCCGCUGAUGCGGGACCCACCGUCGGGGCAUCGGCGCUCGUCUCAGCCGUGGAGAUCUGCUAA